UUGUCACAGGGGGACUGAGGUUGUCUCCACUUUAAAUCACACGCGGCUGUAGCGAACCUUCACUUUCUGCAUCCUCCUCUUCCUCCUCUCUUGUCGCUCCUCUCUCUGUAUUUGUAUCACCUCAGCGCCAUCCAUUUCCCCCCCUUCUGACUGACACCCAACAAACCCAUCACCAUGGAGGCCAUCAAAAAGAAGAUGCAGAUGCUCAAGUUGGACAAGGAGAACGCCUUGGACCGAGCCGAGCAGGCCGAGACUGACCAGAAGUCAGCGGAGGAGAAAUGCAAACUGCUGGAGGACGACCUGCUGGCUCUGCAGAAGAAGCUGAAGGGAACAGAAGAUGAGCUGGACAAAUACUCGGAGGCUCUGAAGGACGCUCAAGAGAAACUGGAGCUGUCGGAAAAAGCGGCCGCCGACGCGGAAGGCGAUGUGGCGUCCCUCAACCGCAGGAUCCAGCUUGUGGAGGAGGAGCUGGACCGGGCUCAGGAGAGACUGGCCACGGCCCUGCAGAAGCUGGAGGAGGCCGAGAAGGCGGCGGACGAGAGCGAAAGAGGCAUGAAAGUGGUGGAGAACAGAGCUAUGAAGGAUGAGGAGAAGAUGGAGAUCCAAGAGCUGCAGCUCAAGGAGGCCAAACACAUCGCAGAGGAGGCCGACCGCAAAUAUGAGGAGGUGGCCCGUAAGAUGGUGAUCCUUGAGAGCGACCUAGAGAGAGCAGAGGAAAGGGCGGAGGUUGCAGAAGUCAAGUGUAGUGAUCUGGAGGAAGAACUGAAGAAUGUCACCAACAACCUGAAGUCCCUCGAGGCCCAGUCUGACAAGUACUCUGAGAAAGAAGACAAAUAUGAGGAGGAGAUCAAGGUCCUGAGUGACAGACUGAAGGAGGCGGAGACCCGUGCGGAAUUUGCGGAAAGGACAGUGGCCAAGCUGGAAAAGUCCAUAGAUGACUUGGAAGAUAAUCUAUCGCAUGCAAAAGAGGAAAACAUAGGAAUGCACCAAGUCCUGGAUCAAACACUGCAGGAGCUCAAUAGCUUGUAAAAAAAAAAACACCACAGAGAAGAAGCAAUUCUGACAAAAGUUUUGUAAAAGAGAAAACAUUCCCUCCAUUGCAUCGGUUUCAGCCCAACAAUUACCACAACAAUGAUAGUAACACGUUUAGUCCUUUUUAUAUAUUUAUGUUUAGUUUUUUUCACUCCCCGUCCUUUUUUUUUUAAUUUUUUUUUUUAUAAUGGUUUUGGGUCCAUAUGAUAUUAAAUUUUGGUGCUGAUUUUGUUGAAUAAAACCUGCUAAGGAUGACAAUCA